AUGGAUCUCGCGUACCUGCUGCUGCUUGUGAGAGCCGCACAUGGCGUGUUCGCUACAUCUGAAGCCAGCUUGGCAGUGAGGUGCAACUUUGAAAAUGAAGCGGACCCCUUAUGUGGUUGGAGCACAGACGGCGAUCAGGCUUGGCGCAGAAGAUCCGGUCAAACCCCAACUUUUGGCACUGGGCCAUCCAUGGCUUUCGAAGGCGACUGGUACAUCUACUUGGAGGCCAGCGGUGGCAACCACCCGUACAAGGCCUUCUUCUUCCAGAGCCCAGAGUUCACGGAGAACGGCAUUCAGCUGGAAGUAAGCUUUGCAUACCACAUGUCUGGUUCCUCGAUGGGGACACUGGACCUGCAGUACAGGAGUGCUGGUGGUUGGGCCAGUAUGAACUGGGCCAAGUCUGGACAUCAAAGUAACUCCUGGCAUCAGGUUUCGGUCAGCAUUCCGCCAAAUACGAGUGCAAUUCGCUUUGUCGGCACCACGGGCAAUGGCUUCAAAAGCGAUAUGGCGCUGGACUCUCUGGACAUCCAAGGCUUCAUUCCAGCUGGCAUGAAGGUCUUUGAAGAGCUCACUUGCAAUGUGGACGACAUCGAGGAGUGCACCAUCUGGACUGAGAGCGCCCCCCCGGCGGCAUGGCAGCGUGUGCGUGAUGCAGCACAUCAAGGCUGGUGGUGCCUCCAGGCUGAAGGAGAUGACACAGGGGAGCGAGAGUUCGUUUGGAAGAGUGCCGCAAUCGCGAUGACCAGCGAAACCAAGGUUCUCAGUUUGGCUUACCAAAUCUUCGGCUCCGAAUCGGUGGCCUUGAAGAUCGAAAGCAUGAGGGAUGCCAAUUGGACCUUGCUGUUCGAGAAGGCCGGGGACCACGGCUCUGGGUGGCACCAUGCGCUGAUCUUGGUUCCGAUUGAGAGCACCGCUGUCCAGGCUGUAGCCAGGACCAACAGCUCGCAGGAUGUCGUGAGGCUCGACAGCUUUCAAGCCUGCGCUGCCUCAUCUGGCCUGCAGGGUGAUGCCGCCUGUGUCUGUUCGGAAGGUGAAUUCCUGGAAGGCAUGGUCUGCGCACCGUGCCCAGCAGGAACGUUCAAGGAUUUGGCAGGCAACCAGGCUUGCACACCGUGCUCUGUCGGCAAGUGGAGCAAUGCCAUGGGAGCAAGUAGCAGAGAGGCCUGCGAGGCUUGCAUGCCAGGUUCAACAACAGUGGGAGAGGGCUCCACCGCGGAUGCAUGCAUGCGGCCACUUGCAACAGCAGUAGAUCAGCUAUGCUACUCAGGGCAUCCUUGCGUUGUGGACAAUGUGGCCGGUUACAGUUUGCGGGAGGGGCAUCGCAUGAUGAUCAGUUCGUCCGAUUGCAUGGACCCUGGCAAAUCGGCAGUGUCCGGGGUGGCGAACAGCGGGGUGUCAGAACCGAGCUCAAAUGGACGGAAGUAUGAAUGGGGCAUGCAUGGGCCUCAAGACUUCGCCCCAAAUGGUGGAAUCUAUCAUGUCUGCUGGUGUGUGAACAUGGCGACUUUGACCUGCACCGACAUUGGUGGAGAUUUUGUCCUGACGGCAGGGCAGCUCACAGUUGUGGGCCCCAGCCCUAGUAAGAACAACUUGCAGUGCAUCCGUGGAUCGUACUGCGCAGACCUCCCCUUCGAGGGACACUCCCUGUCGACAAACGACCGGGUGGCCGUUCGCCGAGAAGAGUGUGGCAGCAUGAAUGGGCUGUCUCUGUCGGAAGGUCGCGGUGAUGGCGUUGGCCAACUGCAGGCGAGCGUGGGGGAGGAUCUGACUACAGAUGCCGGGCACAGCACAGGAUCGCUGAUGUACCUGGGAUUUGGUGCAUUUGAAGAGGAGAAAGAUAACCGGCUGACGGUGGAUGCAGGCAGCGGCUACAACCUGUGUUGGUGCUCUUCUGAAAGAUCAAACUGCAUGGAGCCCACGGAUUUCGCUGUAGCUGCAGGAACACUGAGCGUUCUCGGUGCAAAGUCCGGCCAGGACGAAACUUGUUUCUUUGGUCAACAAUGUACUAUGAAUGUUGAAGGCAUCCUCCGACCCGGGGAUCGCUUGAUGAUUCUGGCCGACUGUGGACAUGGCUCACCUAUUCCAGGAUUCCCGGGCGGUGGCAUUGCACGGAACACUGACGAAGCUCAUUCCACAUUCAGUUUUCUCGAAGAUGCAGUGCUGGAGAGUAUGCCUGGCCUUUACAGGAUGUGCUACUGCAGUAUCGAUGGCAAUUGCGAAAGCAGCUGGAACUUCAAGGCACGAGUGGGACUACUUAGAGUUCGUGGGCCAGUUGCUCUUCAACACCAGUGCGUCGUGGGCUACCCCUGCGACGUGCACUUGUCAGGCGUCGGACUCUCUUGGGGCGACAAGGUGUUUCUGGCCAUGGACGAGAGCAACUGCAGUUUGAUACCCGCGUUUUCACACUUGUCAGAGCCAACAGCGGUGGAGGGCAGCGAGGAUGCAUUUCGAGUGUCCUUCGGCGAGCUGCCGGCCACAUCACGACCUGGAAGGUAUCUGCUGUGCUGGUGCCCAGUGGGAUUCAAUUGCGGCUCUACCCCUGUGUUUGGAGCUGCAGCAGGUACGCUGUGGGUGGAGUGCGCACCUGGCUUCUUCCAGGGAACGCUGAACUCACAGCCAUUCUGUAGCGAAUGCCCGCGAGGAUUUUUUUGUGCAGGUGGAACGGCCACAAGAUUGGCUUGCAAUGACCGCCGGACGACUUUGACGACACAAGCGGCUUCUCCGAGUCAGUGUGUGUGCAUGGAAGGUUACUUCUUCUCAGAUCAGGAUCAUCGAUGCAUGCCAUGUCCGAAGGAUCAGUUCAAAAACUUGCCGGGGAAUGCGAACGAGUGCACUCUUUGCGCCAAUUUGUCCACUCACGCGGAGGGCUCCGUGUCCAACCAGUCUUGUGUUCCCGACGUGGGCUCCAGCAGGGGGAACACAGUGAAUGUGCCGGCCGUGCACAUCCAGUUGUUUGCAACCAGCGUGCUGGUUUUUGGGGAGAGGGAGAGACGAAUCGUGCAGGCCACGCUCGCCGACCUGUCCAGGAUUCCCGCUAGCGCUAUUCAAGUUCGGCUGUGGAACCGCACCAUCGUCGUGCACCUGCACCAUCGCACAAAGGAGGAUGCAGCUGCAGCUUCUAAGGACCUAAGCAUGAAUGUGCUUCUGAUGGAGUUGCGGCAGAACUUGGCAGAGCAGACACUGGACUUGCAAGACACAGAUCUUCAUCUGUCAGAUCCCGAGCUGACCUGGAAGCAGAUCGAAUGCCCUGCACACCAAUCAGUGCCUGCGGGAAUCCUCCCGACGAGCCAGGCCGACUGCGAGUGUAGCCCAGGCUAUGAGGAGGUGGAUGGAUAUGUAGGAGGUUGCCAGGAAUGCCCUGCCGGGAAGUACAAGGAGGUUGUCGGCAGUGGCAGUGCGCGGUGUCAAGACUGCCCAGGCAACACAAGGACGUCCACGGUGCAGCGUGCAGCUACCUCGGCCAGUGCAUGCAGAUGCGGGGCUGGUUUGGCAGAGGAGAAGGGCACCUUAAACUGCAUUCCGUGCCCUGCUGGCUACUUCUGCAACGGCACAGGGAUAGAGCUCGAGUGCCCUGAAGGCUCCACCUCAUAUUCGCAAGCCAGGUCAGAGGCAGAUUGUUUUUGCAAAAAAGGUCAUUUCAGACAGGACGGUAAGUGUGAACAGUGCGAGCGGGGCCGCUACAAGAGCGAAGAGUCACCAGACGAUGAGAGCCAAUGCCCUGGCAAGUGUCCCACAAAUGCCGAUUCCCAGCUCGGGGCUGUCAGGGACCUAGACUGUUUCUGCAUGGAGGGCUUCUAUGCGGUGAUCGAGUCCUGGUCUGACCGCCUCAUAAUAUGUGAGAACUGCGAAGUGCAUCCCAACCUGUACUGCAAAGGAGGCUGGCAUAGCGGGAGCCGCAAGCACAUGAUGCCGGUUGCAAGGAAAGGAUAUUACCAGACCGGCCUAACGACCGCUGUCAAGUGCACGAGGAGGAGUGACGGCUUCAGCUCGUGCCUGGGGGGCGAAGCGUGCUUGAAUAACUCCGACUUUUGCCAAGACAGGUCUGAUUACAACUUCAGCAAUGCCUGUGCAAGAAACUCCGGGGGAGUGCUUUGCGGAGAGUGUGCGCCGGGCUUUGCGAGACCUGCCUUCCAGGCCGCAUGCGAGCGCUGCCCGUCAUACACGACAACUUGGCUGAUCUUUGUGGCCGCCUUUGGCUUGCUACGGGUGGCCGUCACCGCCUCCCUCGUCGCCUGGUUGGCAUCUUCCGCUGCUGCGAAAGGCAGCCUUAAGCUACAUGCCACCAUCCAGCGCAUGGCUGCGCAGUGGUGGACUGUAUGUUCGAUCCUCACCAUUUUCGACCUGGACAACUUGCGGUCAGUUGCAACGGUCUUGGGGACGCUAAGUGGGGACGCACCGGUCGACAUGGGCUUCGCUCAGAAGAUGGGCAUCGUGUUCCCGGCUUCCGACGUGAUGAGCACUAUGUUCAGCAUCUUUGCGCUGUUUUCCGUGACGAUUCCGAAUACGCUCUCUACAGACUACGCAUUGAUGUGCCAGGCAGAGAAGUCCUACCCUGGAGACAACGCCAUCAAACUUGUGUUCGUAGGUGUUUACAACCUGUGCCUGCCGGUCUGCUUCACGCUUGUUCUGUUCGGUCUCUGUUCCCUCAUCUAUGCGGUCCGCAUCUACGUUAAACGUAUACUUGGGUGGAAGUUUGAAUCAGAGCCUCCUCCAGUGACAGUGCUUGUACACACACCCGUGACCAGUCCCACUGCCGUUGACCACAAGGACAUACAAAUCCAGCUUCGAACUGCGGCUUGCCAGCCGCAUGGCCGAGAGGCACCCAAGCUCGCUGAAACGCAAGAGAGCCCGAUGUGGGCGCAUGUCGAGUACCUGUCUGAAGACCAAGAGAACCCGAUGAAUCAGUCCGAUUCUGUGAGUUUUCUUCUCCUGCGCAUUGGCCUCUACUAUCUCUGGCCGAGCUUAUUGUCCAGCUUCCUUCGCAUGAUUUGGUGCGUGCCAGUCCCAGGGGACGGCCGAUUCGUGAACCGCCUGGUGCCUAGCCCGGAUGUUGAGUGCUCCUCUCCUGAACACAAACCUUCUGAAAUCAUUGCGUACGUGGGCCUGGCAGUUUGCGGUCUCUUCGUGAUCAUUCUAGGAGUAUCACUUCACAGGAUUCCGGUACAAGAUCGGCACACGCCUGAAAAUUUCAGGAAGUAUGGGUACUUUUACCUGGGCUACGAGCGAGAUUACUUUUUGUGGGACAUCUUGGUCAAGCGAAUAGACAUUGCUGUGAUGAUGAUUGUGGCGUACACGUCCCUCAUCAUGCGGGAGACAGAGAGCAAACUUUUGCUAUUUCCCCUGAUUUCAGGUUUUCAGCUUGGUUUGGCUGCGGCGUUCAGGCCUUACUCAAACGAACGUGCUCACCUGCUAGACUUUCUGGAGAUGAUGCUUCUUUUCGCGAGAUUUCUCAUGUUCAGCGCAGUUGCCGUGUUUCUUCUCAUCGAGCCUUCGGAGUCUCUGGGUAUCAUGGCGGCGGUGAUCAGUAUCUUUGUGCUGGCGAUCGUGUUUCUGUACCUGUGCCUUCACUUCUUCGCGGAUUUCGUGCACAAUGUGGAUGAGGUUCGCUUCGUGAACAACAUGCACCCACAGCUCCCAGGAUGA